AUGGUCUACCCGCGGUCUCUAGAGCUUGUCCUGACCAAGAUUCUCGCUCUCAUACCCCUAGCAGCAGCAGCGGCGGCGGCAGCAGAAUCAGGAAACGCGAGCCCGACAGCCCUACGAAAGUUACCGCCCGAUCUGAAUGCCAAGCUAUUUCCCGAACACCUAGCCUUCAUGGCCGUGGCCGUGGACGUGGACGUGGAUGCAGAGUCCAUGAGCAGCGGCAGCAACAUGUCCCUAGCUCUAAUGUCCGGACCGAGAAUCUACGAACGAGCCUUUGCCGCGCACUUUGACGAGACGCAAGAGGGCGUGCUCCGCCGCGCGGCCGAGGCGCUCAGACUGCUGGAGAAGCGGUCGUCCUGCCCGGCCAACAUGAACAGCUGCGCGGACGUGGGCUCGCCGAACAAGUGCUGUCAGGACGGCACGUACUGCACCGACGUUUCGGAUACCAUGGUGGGACAUGUCGCCUGCUGUCCGGAAGGAUCGACGUGCGAAGGGGCCGUGAGCCAGUGUCCCUCUUCGGCUGUGAGCUGUCCCGCUAGUCUGGGAGGGGGCUGCUGUCUCGAGGGGUAUGAGUGUACAUUGACGGCAACGUCCGCGACGACCAGCAAGACGUCAACAGCAGAGACCAUCACCACCGAGACCGGGUCGGAGACCGGGUCGGAGCCCGAAUCCAGCACCGAGACGACGAAAGAGACCUCGGCCAAGACCUUCUCGUGCCCCGCCCCGUCGAGCACGACGACCAUCACGGGCGCGGGCGUCACCGUCGUGGUCAAGGGGGACACGCUGCCCACGUCAGAGGCCACGGGCACGUGCGCGGGCGGGUGGACCAUGUGCGGCGCGUCGGCCGGUCCCACGGCCGGCUGCUGCCCGAGCGGGUACAAGUGCGGGACGGCGAGCUGCUUCUCCGCGCAGGCCAGCCAGACGGAGAGGGUGCAGAAGGAGUUCCCCAAGGAUGGGGGGGUGGCACCGCUGGGCGUGGGGAAGAGAUGUCUCGCUGCUCUUGUGGUGGUCGGGACACUCGCUUCUCAUAUUCUGUGA